GAGUCCGGGGACCUGCGAUCAAGCGGACAUCCCACUCCCCCUUCCUUGUGUUUGCGACGACAGCUCUGCGCCUUGACGAUGGCGCCCAAAAAGCCUUCUACGGCAGCAGAAGUUGCUCUCGUUCCUUUAAAAAACUGUCUUGUCAAUCUACCGCCGUCGCUAGUCGCCUUACUGGUUAAUGCCAACACGGCUGCUCAAAAUGUUAUAAUUGAGCUGCAAUACAAGUCUGUCUCCGGGAAGAUCAACGGUGCUCCGCCGCAGCAAUCUUGCUUCCUGGGAUGGACAGGGAUGCCGAGCAAGCGGAAGCUUGCGCCGGUCGUUGACCGAGACGGCAUUCGAAGUGGAUAUGCCAGAGAACAGGAGGUCUCAACUGUAGAGUUGGAUACCGCCUUUGGGAGACUUCUUGGUCUCACUGACGGCCAAAAGGUCGGACUACUCGUACAUCUUGACCCACCUGUUGCCCAUACCAUCAGCAUUGACCCAUUAACUCCAGAAGAUUGGGAAAUCAUCGAGCUACACGCCACUUUCUUAGAACUCAACCUCCAGACACAGAUCCGUGCGCUUCCAAACCCUUCGUACAAUGCAGAGAAAUCGGGUCACAUGCAUCCCCUUGCCUUGCACCUUUCACCUACAUCAACAGCUAAUAUUGUUGUUACCUCUCUUACACCUGCCCCGCCGACCACCUCCCCAUUCGCAAAGAUAGCACCGGAUGCCGAGGUCAUUGUUGCUCCGAAGGUCCGAUCAAUGCCCGGAAAGUCACAGCGGGGAGAAAGCCGCAGUAAUGCUGGCAGUAGCAGGAAAAGCACUGGUGGACGGAGUGCUAGCAGUACGGUUCGCCCCAAAAGCAGCCGGUCUGAUUCCAGAGGUGCCUUGUACCUUAGAGGCGUGGAACGUCUAGCAGCUGAUCAGUUAUUUGAUGCGGAGAUGGAUGAAGAUGAGAAUGAUGGUUUCCGUGUUUGGGUUGAUCCAGAUCUUCUUGCUUCCAAUGAGCUUCGAGGUGCGGCUUGGGCUUGUGUAUCAGUUGUUCAGCCGUCGGGCCUGAAAGUGCCUGUGGACCCUCAGCAACAGCUCGCUCAACAGGAACAACAAAAGUCCAACGACGCCGGCUCUCCGACAACCAAACUAGUAGCCAAGUUACUGCCAUGGGAGGAAGCUCCCGACAGCCGUCAUGCGGCUAUGUCCAGUUUAUUGUGUUCGGCCCUUGGUGUGGAGAACAUUGUGGGUGGAAUCGUGCGUGUGGAGGCCGCGCCGCCACAGCUACACCGGUCUGCGGUGAAGACCUUAAAGCUGUAUCCCUUCAUGACAGAUGCAUCGAAGAAAAAAGAUGGUCUGAAAUUUGGAGCUGACACUGCUGCAUCGAGAGAUGCUCUGACCGAGCGCCUCAAGGUGAUCUAUGGCAGCACUGGGUCCGACAUUGGGUUGUUUUCGGGACCAUUGACUGAUGGAAUGGUUCUUCCUAAGGUCGAAAAUCACCCGUCAGUCUCUUCUUUUGAUGGUGCCAUUCUUCGAUUUGAUCCUCCUCUGAAGGUUAGCUCUGAUGAAUCCAAGUCUAUGUUUGGGUGGCUUCUUGGCUCCGAAGCCAAGCUCAAUCUCGAAGUACAAGCAGAGAUACCAAAACCAUCUGAUUCAAGUCUAUCCGGCUUGCCUUCUGAUGAUCCAAUUCCCGACAACAUUACCCAAAUGGUUGGAAUUGACUCGAUAAUCUCUCAGUCAAUGGCCAAUUUAACGAAAUCGUCGUCCAUCUUGUUAACAGGUGGUUUGGGAGCCGGAAAGACAGCACUUACUCAUUUACUCGCCCAUCGACUGCGCAAAGAACAUCUUUUCAAUGUGAAAUAUUUCUCUUGUCGGAAGCUCGUCACUGAUGAGACGCGGAUUUCCAACAUCAAGGAGGUGCUGAAUCGCCUCUUCAUGUCGGCUUCCUGGUGUGCCCGUUUCGGCGGCCAAGCCAUCGUCAUUCUUGACGAUUUGGAUAAACUUUGCCCUGUAGAAACGGAAUUGCAAGUCGGUGGUGACAAUGGCCGCAGUCGUCAGAACAGUGAGGUUAUCUGCUCCAUGGUACGAGAAUACUGUUCUAUGAACUCUUCAGUUGUGCUACUGGCCACUGCGCAGGCUAAAGAGUCGCUGAACAAUGUCAUCAUCGGCGGCCAUGUAGUUCGUGAGAUUAUAAACAUGCGGGCGCCGGAUAAAGAAGGACGCCGAAAGGUCUUGGAAAAACUCACUAGCCAGGAUAAGGCCACUGAAUUUCUCAAUGGCCAUAUACGGUCCACUAGUUCUUCUACUCAGAAUACUCAGGACUCCUGGCUUGACCCAUCAAACCCUGGCAGUCGGCCAAGCUCUUCUGGGGGUGACGGUUUUGUGUUGAGUCGGGACGUUGACUUCCUUGAUCUCGCAGGAAAGACCGACGGAUACAUGCCCGGUGAUCUGGUUCUGCUGGUUGCUCGUGCCCGUAAUGAGGCCCUGAUCCGAUCCGUUCAGGAUUUAUCCAAUGAAUCAAAGAUGAUCACCCUUGGGUCUGAUGACUUUGACAGCGCACUGAAAGGGUUCACGCCUGCAUCCCUUCGCAAUGUCACCCUGACUUCGUCAACAACGACAUUUUCCGCUAUCGGUGGUCUGUUCGAGACCCGCAAGACUUUGUUGGAGACAUUACAAUACCCGACAAAAUAUGCACCAAUCUUUGCACAAUGCCCGCUUCGGCUGCGUUCGGGUCUACUCCUCUACGGCUUCCCUGGCUGCGGCAAGACUCUUCUGGCCAGUGCUGUUGCUGGAGAGUGCGGCCUGAACUUUAUUAGUGUGAAGGGUCCUGAGAUUCUGAACAAAUACAUUGGUGCUUCUGAAAAAAGCGUUCGUGAUCUUUUUGAGAGAGCACAAGCGGCACGACCUUGUAUUCUCUUCUUUGAUGAGUUCGACAGUAUUGCCCCGAAACGUGGCCAUGACUCCACUGGUGUCACUGAUCGUGUUGUCAACCAGCUUCUCACACAGAUGGACGGUGCCGAGGGCCUUUCUGGUGUAUAUGUCCUUGCUGCAACUUCGAGACCCGAUCUCAUUGACCCGGCCCUUCUGCGCCCGGGUCGUCUCGAUAAGUCUUUGCUGUGUGACAUGCCUUCGCCUGCUGAUCGCGUUGAUAUUAUCCGAGCAGUGAGUGAGAAACUCAAGAUGGACGAUGAGGUUCGCUCUCGUUUUGAUGACAUUGCUGCGAAAACGGAAGGCUUCUCUGGUGCUGAUCUUCAGGCUGUGGUAUACAAUGCCCAUCUAGAGGCAGUCCAUGACGCUCUUGGUGAUCAUUCUGGCAGUGCUGAUAAGUCUGGUGCGAAAGCCAGUGCUGGGAAGAGUUCCUCGACCAGUACUUCGAGUCGGUCAUUCAUCCAAUUCCUCUACUCAUCUUUGGAGGAAGCAUCAGGGUCGGUGUCUAUGCCUCCAGCAGCAGUUGUCGCUGCCAAACUGGAUGCCAUUAAAAAUGCCCGGCGGCGUCAACGUCAGCUUGAGAAUGGCACUGCGGGUGCUGAUGGCCCUCCUGCUGUACCGGCUACAAACGGCGCUGAUGGCUCUGCCGACGAACUUCAUGAUGAGAUAAUUGUGCGGUGGGAACAUGUCAAACGCUCUCUGAACACAACCCGUUCAUCUCUGAGCGCAGACGAGCGCCGACGUUUCAACGGCAUCUACCGAGAAUUCGUUGUUGGCCGCAAUGGUGAGAUGCCUAAUGGCGAGGCUGUCAAUGAGAUUGGGGGCCGAUCGAGUCUGAUGUGA